AUGUCCGACUUGACCACCUUCACCACCACCACGGACAAGCUCACCAAAGCGAACACAUCCCUACACACCUUUGCAUUUUCUGUUCGCCGUCGCGCCGUCGCCAGAGAAUGGCCAACAAGCAAUGGGGGCUUCUGUCGCAAGCAGACGAAGGUAAGACGUGCGCGCCACAUGCCCACGCCCCCACUGACCUGGCCAGAUGCGCUCCACAACGUAUCGCGAUUGCUUGCUGUUGAAGCACGACCAUAUGCACACGUGACAAGCCGCGUCCUGAAGCCCGCCUUCUUUGAGGCUGCGCGACCGCGCCAGUUGCCGUCUCCUCCUCCAGAUGCCAGCGCGGCCGAGGAAGAAGCCGCUGCCGUCGCUGUCGAGCGCGAGCAGCAAAUACACAACAUCGAGCUGUGGCGGCGGAACCUCAUGAACGAGCUCUCCUCACUAGACUUUGCCAUCCUGCGCGCCGAGUUCACCACCAACAGCAACCGCACGGAGCGCGAGCGAUAUGCCGUGGAGAAGGACGGUAUCACGGCGAAGCAGCAGCACGUCAAAGACACCAUCGAAGAACUGCGCGUGCAACUGGUCGAGGCCAAGGAGACGCUAGCAGUCCGCAAGACCUACGACGAACUCACCGAGAAGAUCACAAGCAGUAAGAUGCUCAAGCCCCGCGACGAGCAGGCACUUGCACACGCAAAGCUCGACGAAGAAAUCGCCGAGCUGGAGCACGAAGUUCAAACCGCAAAAGACACAUGGAGCGAGCGCCGCGCCCAAUUUGGACGCAUAGAGGAUGCGACGCGCGAAAUGCUGCGCAUGAUCAAGGACGAGAAGGAGGAGGCUGAGCGCAAAGAGGGCAUGAUGAAGGAUGGCGACGAAGAGGGCGACGGCGAGGGCACCACCUCCCGCGGAGACGGAAGCCGUGUUGGCACGCCUAAGCCCGAGGGUGGCAUGACACCGGUGCACGCCAGUCAGGGUGGGGAGGCGAACUCGUCAUUACGAGUUCCGCCCAAAGACCGGCUACAUCCUCUUUCACGCGAGAAUAGUGCUGCGCCAUCGCCUGCGCCAUCCGGUGCUGUCGAGGACAUGGACAUGGCAGACUCGGGUGCUGUUUCUGGAGAGAAAGACGACGAGUCGGAUGGCUUAGAGGAAGGCGAGGAUCUCGAAGAUGGCGAAGACGACGGUGAAGCAACAUCUCCUGGCAAAAUGGACGAGUCGUGA